CCAGUUAUUUGCAGACAGAGUUCCAAAGACAGCAGAGAACUUCCGUGCCUUGAGCACUGGAGAAAAGGGGUUUGGCUACAAGGGGUCCUGCUUCCACCGAAUCAUUCCGGGGUUCAUGUGCCAGGGUGGUGACUUUACUCGCAAUAACGGGACAGGUGGCAAAUCUAUUUACGGUGAGAAGUUUGCUGAUGAGAACUUCCUCCUCAAGCACACAGGCCCUGGCAUCUUGUCUAUGGCAAAUGCUGGUCCCAAUACAAAUGGGUCUCAGUUCUUCAUCUGCACUGCCAAGACUGACUGGUUGGAUGGGAAACAUGUGGUCUUUGGCCAUGUGAAAGAUGGAAUGAACGUUGUGGAAGCAAUGGAGCGCUUUGGAUCCAGGAACGGCAAGACAAGCAAGAAGAUCACCAUCUCUGACUGUGGGCAGCUGUCAUAAAAUUCCUUCCUCUUAACCAAUCAUUCCUUCUGUAGCUGGGGUUAGCACACCACCUGGAGUGCUUUAAUCCCCUGUAACCCUUGUGCUCCUGACUUACUGCUGCUUUUUUAUUGGGUUUCAAUUUCUGCUCCCUCACAAGUCCAGCUGGACUGAAGACAAGUUUGUUUGCAAAAUGAAUAAAACAAGUUAAACCA